CAGCCUGGAUCGCACACUCUCCGGGCGACAGCGAGAGUGGUGGGUCGACUUCUUCGUUUUUCUAUUUUCUAAAUGCAAAAAAUCACAAAAAAAUUGUAAUUUUGCCAAAAACCUAAAAAAAAAAAAAAACUAAGAACACUAACUUAAUUUAAGUUAGAAAAAAAAAUCUCCUUUGGUGAAACAACUGUGCUCUUAUUCCAUCACAAUCUGUUACACUCGGUUUCUACGCCAUUUGUCUCAUCAACUAAAUAUCUUUUGCCAUCUUGAUAAAUUUGACAACUUUCUGAAAAAUGAACAACACUGCUGGAGCUAAUUACCCAAUUGCCUCUCUAUACGUUGGUGAUCUUCACAAUGAGGUCACUGAAGCCAUGCUUUUCGAGAAAUUUUCCACUGCUGGGCCUGUGGUUUCCAUUAGAGUAUGCAGAGACAUGAUCACUCGUCGUUCACUUGGCUAUGCCUAUGUCAAUUUCCAACAACCAGCUGAUGCUGAACGAGCCCUAGACAGCAUGAACUUUGAUGUCCUUCGGGGAAGACCAAUUCGUAUCAUGUGGUCACAGCGUGACCCAUCCCUUCGUCGUUCUGGUGUUGGCAACAUAUUCAUCAAGAACCUUGACAAAACAAUUGACAACAAAGCUAUGUACGAUACAUUCUCUGCUUUUGGCAACAUUUUGAGCUGCAAAGUUGCUCAGGAUGAAGCUGGAAACUCAAAAGGAUAUGGGUUUGUCCACUUUGAAACAGAAGAGUCUGCCGUUAAUGCCAUUACAAAGGUAAAUGGCAUGUUGCUCAAUGGAAAGAAAGUCUUCGUUGGCCGCUUCAUUCCACGUAAGGAUCGCGAGCGUGAGUUGGGAGAGAAGGCUAAAUAUUUCACCAAUGUCUAUAUCAAGAAUUUCGGUGAUGAGUUUGAUGAUGAGAAACUCUUCGAAUGUUUCUCCAAGUAUGGAAAAGUCACAUCUCACAAGGUCAUGUCUAGUGACGAUGGGAAAUCUCGUGGUUUCGGAUUUGUUUGCUACGAAGAUCCUGAUGCUGCUGAGCGUGCUUGUGAUGAUAUGCACGCCAAGGACAUGAAUGGCAAGACCCUAUUUGUUGGACGUGCUCAAAAACGCAAUGAACGCCAAACUGAACUCCGACGCAAGUUCGAACAAAUGAAAAUCGAGCGCCUUAAUCGUUAUCAAGGUGUCAAUCUUUACGUUAAGAACUUGGAUGACACUAUCGAUGAUGAACGCCUUCGCAAGGAAUUCGCCCCCUACGGAACCAUCACCUCAGCUAAGGUUAUGACUGAAGGAGGUCGAAACAAGGGAGGUUUCCAGACAUCACUUGGUUUUGGUUUUGUUUGCUUUUCAUCACCGGAAGAAGCAACGAAGGCCGUGACCGAGAUGAAUGGCCGUAUCCUCGUUUCCAAGCCUCUGUACGUCGCCUUGGCUCAACGAAAAGAAGACCGCAAGGCACAGCUUGCUUCGCAGUACAUGCAGCGAAUGGCUGGUAUGCGUAUGCAACAAAUGGGUCAGAUGUUCCAACCGGGUGGUCCAGGUUAUUUCAUGCCCGCUCCCAUUCAGCCUCAACGCUUCUACACGCCAGCUCAGAUGGCACAAUUCCGUGCUACUCCUCGCUGGUCGGCUCAGCCUCAGGUUCGCCCGACUGCCCAACUUAACCAACAAGGUGCCGGAUAUCCCGUUUCAGCUCAGUACCGUGGCGGAGUGCCGCCACGCGGUCAGCCCCCGGUCGUCCGCUCCAUGCAGUCAGCUCGUCCCAUCACUGGCCAGCAGCCGAUGGUGCCGCAAGGAAUGCCUGGCCGUUCGAUGGGUAUGCCCUCAGGCGGACCCGUCAUGCCUCAACCCCGCCCCGGAUUCAAGUUUACUCCAGCUAUGCGAAACCCGCCCAGUCAAGGUUCCUUGCCUUCGAACGCCAUGGGUGGAUCGGCUGCCGGUGGAAUGCAACAAGCCCUUGUCGUCCAAGGACAGGAGCCGUUGACCGCAUCCAUGUUAGCUUCUGCCGCUCCCAAUGAUCAGAAGCAAAUGCUUGGAGAACGUUUGUUCCCUCUUAUUCAGCGCAUGUAUCCGGAUAUGGCUGGAAAGAUCACCGGCAUGUUGUUGGAGAUCGACAAUUCGGAGCUGUUGCACAUGUUGGAACACAACGAAUCACUCAAAGCCAAGGUGGAUGAGGCUGUCGCCGUACUUCAGGCUCAUCAAGCUAAACAAGUGGCUGCUGCAGUUGCAUCAGUUGUUCAACCGAAGGAGGAAUAAAGAAGAAAGAAAUUUAAAACAAAAAUUCACAAAAAAAUGGCAAAACUUCAAAAAAUCCACAAAAGUUUUUUUUUCUUCGUCUACGACACGGAGUUAUAACGCAACUCUUCUUUUCUGUUCUACUUUUUCUGUCUUAAUCUUAAUGUCAUCGACCACCUUUGAAGAAAACCUCCUGGUCGCCCAGCCUUCUUUAUUUUUCGCUUAUUCUAUCCCUUCUUUUUCUUUAUUUUCCGUUUCUUUCUUGAUCAUUAUUUUCCUCUUUUCAUUUGUAAUCCCAUUCAGGUUGUGGGUUAUACUUCAAAUUACAAUUUCUUCUUGUACUGGUAUAAUUCCGAAAUACAAGACAUGGGUUUCAGGCUAAAAA